AUGCUCAACGAAUUGAAAUUUGAAACUUUGCCCCACCCACCUUAUUCUCCACAUCUCGCUUCUACAGAUUUCUUUUUCUUCAAAAAUUUGGACCAAUUUCUCAAGGAUAAAAUCUUCAAUGACGAAGAGUCAAUUAAAAUUGUCUUUGAAGCUUUUAUUGCUUCUAGAGAAGCCAAAUUUUAUUCAAAUGGAAUGAAAAAACUUAUUUCACGUUGGGAACAAUGUGUAAAAGCCAAUGGUGCAUAUUUUUAA